AUGCUUUCUAAAGUUUUGGUUAACUUUGCUUACAUUGGCAUAUGUAUGAGCGUUCAAACAAACAAAUCUGGUGGUAUUGAUCACGACUUUGGUGGUAGUGAUCAAGCUUGUACUCGUACCUGGGCAAAUGAAGCUAUCAGAACUCACUUCACGAUGCAUCUCUCCCCUCCCACUUAUCUUUGUAAGAAUAAUGGCGGAGUUAGUUAUCGCUGUACCACUUGUCUUCCUAGGAUGUCAUUGUUUUCUACGAACUCAAACUUCACCCAAGGCGACCCUAAUAUUGCUGCGAUUUCAACUGGAGCCGUUAAGGGUUGCACCGCUACUGGACCAAAUGGCAAACCUAUCAACGUUGGUGAAUCAAAAUGUUUGGCUUAUUCCAGAAAGGACACAACCUCGGGAAGGAUCUCCUGUUUGAGUCCAUCUAUGACUCUAUUGGAAUGUGAUAAUAAUAAUGAUGAUGCCUUUGAUUAUAUAUCUUGUAAGGAGUGUCUUCUUUACACCCCAGACGCUUACGAUUCCGGAGGCAUCUUUCGAUCAAGACUCCCCAGAAGUGCGAAGCGCGGUUCAGAUUACAUUUGA